GGACCCAGUCACCCACCGGCUCUGCCACUUCAUCGCCACAUGAGGGAGAAAACUACCCGUACAUAAACAGCGUCGACAGUUUAACCCAGCCAGUUUGCUCUCACCGGCCCCUUCGCGCCAGUCGGUAUUCCGAUACGUGUUCUCUUAGAAUCGAGAGACUGACUGGUAACGGAGUUUUUGCCCUCAUCUAAGACCCACAGAACUGGUGUCCUACGGUUGUUUCUAAGCCGCUGUUGUUUACAUGUCGAAAUUCCUUGUGUCUCGAUGAAUUUGCGAUGUCCCAACAGGAUCUGUCGUACGUUUUCCAGCCCAUCAUCCAUGAGCCAUUAUCAAAAUCCGAAAGCUGUGGCUUUGUUAGUAAGUCUUCAAAUAAAGACCUGGACUCUGGCCAAAAUGGGGAGCUUGUAUACAUGGAUCCAUACACCACCAACAAUGACAAGAACUCUGACGAGUCGGAACAGGUUCCUCUGUCACCACAGACCAAGCAAAAGGAAGAAAUAGAGGCGUUAGAGUGUCGUGAUGAGGCUCAUAAGUGCCGUGUCAAUCAUCCAAGGAAAGCCAUGUCGCUGUACUUGAAAGCUGGCAAAGCCCUUGUUCUAUGCAGCGAUGCGGAUACAGCACUAGACUGCUUCAGGUGUCUCAUUGUUCUAGCAAGCAACCAGCUCACCAAAGUAUUAGAGGAUAAGAAAAAAAUACCUAAAAAUCCUGUCGAGGAAAAAUCUCCUUUUUCUAGAUCACAGAGCUUGGGAUUUCCAGAAAAACAAAAUGAUGGAGCUGUGGACGAGGUCCGGCGCAAUUCACAUGCCGGCACUGUUGAAGCGAGUGCUGUUGUCAUGGAAACAGCAGAUGAAUGUGUCCAGGAAGUACAGGAAGUUCAAGACGAUGAAGUGUUCCUUGUCACGUGUGUGGAAGAAUCUACAGACAGCAUGGAGAACAGACCACCAUCUAAGUCUGAAGCCAUAGUUGUGAACCAUUGUGAGGAGGCCGUUUUGAUUGCGACAGAGCAAACGUGCAACGAGAUCAGUACUGUCGCUGAGUCGACCUGUCUGUCCGAUGGUGGAAAUCUCGUUUGUGAGAUGGUGGAAUGCGUUGAGAGUGACUCCCAUUCAGUCGAGUACGAAGUCGCCAUGUUGGACUCUAGCGACGAUGCUUUGAGUACGUUUAGUGCGACGAGCUCGGAGGAUAUUGUUCGAACUGUUAAUUCGGAAGUUGUGAUGGAAUGCUGUGAAAGCGAACUUAUGACCUCUGCGGACACGACCGUGACUCCGGAACAGAACGCUCUCAUACGGCGAGGAUACGUUGUAAGUGAGCUGAUCCACACGGAAGAGAGCUACAUACGGGACAUGGACCAUGUUUUAAAGGGUUACAUGUCCGAAAUUGCUGAUGCCUCCGCCCCAUCAGAACUUAAGGGAAAUCAGAAAUUUAUAUUUUCAAAUAUCCAAGAUAUUCACGACUGGCAUGCAAAUAAAUUUUACACGUUUUUAAAAGAUUGUGAAGAUAUGCCAUCACAACUAGGAGAUGUUUUUACUUACGCGGAAUCAAAAUUAGAAGAAUUGUACACAGUAUAUUGUCGAAACAAGCCCAAAUCCGACAGCUUGGUGAUGACGUAUAAAGACACGUUUUUCCAGGAAUGCCGUCACCGCUUGGGCCAUCGCUUACAGAUCACAGACUACCUGAUAAAACCAGUGCAGAGAAUAACCAAGUAUCAGCUUUUACUCAGGGACAUUCUCAAAUUCACGGAACGUGCUGGAGAGGACGGCUCUGAGAUACAGAAAGCCCUUGAUGUGGCGUUACGGAUACUCAAGCGAACAAACGACAUGAUCAGUGUCGCCAUGAUAGAAGGCUAUGACGCCAAACCGGACGACACGGGCGAUCUAAUAUUAAGGGAGACUCUGGUUGUUGCUGACGGAAAAGCCAAGCAGAAGAGUAGAGAGUGUAAUGUGUUUUUAUUUGAGAAGGUGAUCCUGCUGACUGAACCAAGCGAGGAGGGAGGACGUCCGACGCUUAGAUUUCUUAAUAGCAUCAAGGUUCGGGGCCUUGGUCAAACAGAGUCUGUGGAUAGCGAUCCAUGCAAGUGGGCCGUGUGGCUGCGCAAGCGCAGUGGCUCUGAGAUAUACGUGUUAAAGGCACCUUCAAUCGAGAUCAAGCAGAUUUGGAUGAAAGCAAUAAUUGAAUGCAACGAGAAGAAGAAACAAGGGCUGAUCAAAUCUGCCCUUAAUCGCGCAAGGACGUUCCGACGUGAAUGCGAAUUAAGAAGUUCAGGGAGUCCACCCCCAAGUCCCAAGUCCCUCUCUGUCGAGGAGCCCACCGCUGGUCGUAGAACAUUCGUCAAGCGCAAGACUUCAAAAAUCGGCACAAAAAAGAAACGCGGUCGGGACGCGUCUGAAAGACUCAAGGAGAACAUUCUUAAAUUUCGCCAGGAGGAACAAAUGCUCACCACGGCGGACACGGAGAGCGAAACAGACACUAAAGACAACGAUAAUAGUAACAGCAUGGCCUCAUCUAUUGACGACGUCAGCACUAUUCCGCCUUCGCCGGACACUCUAGGUCCGAUCAAGACUUUUUCGGACGCUGUUAUGCGGGUGAAUCAUUUGGAAGAACGUGCAAGACUGGAGGCAGAGGAAAACCAGCUCAAAAAGGUUCUUCUGCUGACCAGGAUGAUCGCGGCACGGCUAUUGCAGUUCAAAGACGUCGACCAGUCUCUCUCUCUGUACUCUGACGUCAUCGGCAGCGUAUUUCCUUUAGAUAAACUAAGAAAGCUCGACACAAUGUCUAGCAUGCGAGACGUGGUUCUUCAACAGUGUACUGAGCUGUAUGAAGUAUGGCGGUGGGAAGUGAUACAGAGUGGUGACCUAGAAGAAUCAUACUCUUCUAUGACAAGUCUUCUUAACGAAACUGCCGGGUUCAGCAGUUUACAGAAGGGUACAUCCUGGUCCGUGGUCUUGUAUUCCCUGGUCGCGAUAGCAGGAAGCCGAGAACAGAAAUGGAGGCAUGCAUCCCAAGCAUUUUACCGACUCUCGUUAGUCUAUAGCUCAUUACAAGUUUCUUGGUGUGCAAUUGACAGUCUUUUGGAUGCUCACUGGAUGUGCUGUCAGGCUGAGGACCAUCAAGGUGCCGUUAACUUUUUCUACAAUGCUUAUAUACGGACUCUUGCCUGUCGAGAUUUCCUGCGAUCUUUGAGGUUGGAACAGCAGGCAUUAUUCUUGAUUCAAAUGCUCAACUCCCGUGAUGGAAAUAACAACACCAACGACACAUCUUCAGAUAGCGAGUCGAGAGGUCUCGUCUCUGCCAGACAUUUGUCAUUCCUUAUCAACAUGAGCCGCGCCACCAGGCAAAAAGACUGGGCUUGGUUUGAGAUUGCCGAGACAGAACUCAACAGCAUUGUUAGCACGGGAAGUGGACGGCAGGCAGACACUGUUCUGUCAGCGGUGUUUAUGAAGAUCAGACGGUCUGUUGGAGAAACCGAAUGCUGAGACAGCACAGCUGCAGUAAAUUCCACGCGUUAACGAGGCGCACAGCUAGCCAAUUACAUUUCAAUAAAAAAAGACUGCUCAAUUUGCUAAAUUCACAUACAUUGUCCAAUAUCAGCAUACAAGCAUACAAUACAAUAGCGGUCACGAAGACGAGGACUUCAAGUUCUGAGUGAGAUGCAUGUAAAAUGAAUGUGUCAAUGGAUUGCAUGUCUAUCAAUAAAUCUUGUGUAACGUAAACUUCGACAAAUAUGUCUGUUUUCAAAUAUUGUAACAUAUAAAUCUAAUAUAAAUUAAAUCGUUUUUAAUGUAGCAAGUUGAACUCUUUUUUAAAUUAAUAAGAAUAAAGCUUUCUCAAAGAUUUUUAAA